UAACUUUUUUAAUGUGACUGACACUCCCUCUGAGUUCAAACAAAGCAAUAUCCCGGAGUUAUUCAUGUACUCAAACAGUACACUGACUGAACUGCUGUGAAGAGAGAACUGAAGAUGAACACCGAGCCGAGCCAGAUAACAAACCAACGAUUGACUCAUUCUCGAGACAAGAACCGUUUCUGUCGGACGCGUCCGAUUCGAAAACCGAGGAGCUGAUGAUACUGCGCAUGUGUGAUCCAGUGUGAAGCAGACUGACACACAGAGCGUCUGAACCGAACUGAUUCUUUCUUUCUGAUUCUGAACUGAUUCUGUGCUAAUGUUAUGAGCAUGGGUAAACCGAGCGCUUGAAUAAAGAGCAAUCAUUGCCAAUGAUGUCAUUACGUCGAGCGCAAAAGAACUGGUGUACCGUUUUCUUCUACCGUUUUUUUUUAUCGAACUGUCAGGAAGAACCGGUCCACGGAAAAGAACCAAACUUCCCAUCACUACUGGUGAUCUGAAAACUGAUGCAAUCAUUUAGUUUCCAAUCCAAAAUGUAUCCUAGAUUGAAAGAUUCCACAGUUACAGUGCCAUCUGUAUGAUAUUCUGAAUAUAAGACCAGUAUUUGCAUAUUCACAUGAAAUCCUAAAACAGGAGGAACAGAAGAGAGAAAUGAUGUGAGAGAACGAAAAAAAGAGGGAGAGAGAGUUGAGGGGAGGGGCUGUUGUAACAGAUGCUCUCUAAUUUAAAGCUGGAACGUGUGUCAGUGGUGAGUGGGGCUGUGAAGAAUAAACGAGAGAGAGAGAGAGAAGAAUAGAGUAGAGCUGUGUUAUACAGCUUGCCCUAGCUGUAUUGAUUUGGAUGCCAGAGACUGUGAUAGAGAGAGAGAGAGGGAGAGAGAGAAGUGUAGCCACUUUUUCAGAUGGUCUCUCCUACCUGAAACACAAACAUACUGCGGUUACAGGAAAGAGAACUGGACAGUGUCUGUCUGCAAAAAAAGAGUGAAAUAAACAAGAGAAGAACUGCAGAUGCCCAACUCUGCUUGGAAGAAGACCGUGGGAAAGGCAGAGGCAAGCAGCAAGAAAUGAUGUGAGGAAUAAAAAAGACAGAUGCGGACCCUCGUGUUUGGACUGGUGGGACCUGGAUUGCAAGAAAGCAAAUUCUGCAGGAUUCAUUUCUGAUUUUAACCCACAACACUGCUUCUGAGCGGAUCUGUGUAGCGGUUUAUGAAGUACAGGAGAAGACAGAAACUGUGUUUUAGAUGCUGAAUAAUAUAUCAUGUGAUUUUAUUUAUGUGCUAUGGAUUAGUGGUGUGUUUCGAUUGGACUUGCGGACCGAAGCUGCCUUUGGAUUCAUUUUGGACACCAAAUGAAAGGUAGAAACUUGGAAACUAAUGGAAAAGACAAGAGACUAACAUCAGGGAAAGGAUAAGGGGUGGAGACAGCUUGUGACAAAAUGAAUGGAAGAAUUUUCUACUUACAGUAUGGUGGCUGUAGAAAUGGAAAUCCCACUUUUCUAUUUGAAGAACCAGUCAUCUUUUUUUUAAAGUCAUCGGCUGCUUAUUUACUCUUGAACAUGCAUUAGCUGGACCAGCCUGAAAAAUGCAUUUGGGCCAAAGACUUAUUUGAUGUUGUUAUAUUUUAUAAUUUUAACAAUGUACAUGUACAUAAAUAGUGUUUCAAGAUGAUAGGAGACUUAAUGUUCAAAGGAUUUACCAAGAUGGCCACCAAUUAAACCAGAGUGACAGUCGCACUCAAGACUAUUUUGUUUCUAAAUUCAGUCUAGUAAUGAUAUUUUCAGUCGUUUUUGUGUGUGGGAGGCAAGAAUGAAGCUCUAUACGCUUUGUUCUGCACUGACCCCACCCCCCAUCACACCUUCUCGUUUACGCCUUGGCCCCGCCCCCUUCUGAUCAUGCAAGUGCUGCAGAUUGUUAAGGAGCUGGUGUCGCCCUCUCGCCGCCGCGCCAGUAGCCGAUUUGCAGCGUCUGAUUCAGAGCAGGAUGCUGCAGUGAAGUUGGAACAGGAGCGAGCUGAGAUACUCGCCAAAUAUGACAAGGGUAAAGAAAGUGCGGAGGUGGCGCCGUGGGAGGAGGCCAAUUUUGAUCUGUAUAAAGCGGUGGACCGCUUCGGAUUCCUGCAUGAGGAUGAGCUUCCGGUGUAUGAUGUAGUGGAGGAAAAGCAAAAACAUCUGGAAGUGGAGAGAACGACAAAAUGGCUGAAAAUGUUGAAGAGCUGGGAGAAAUACAAGAACAGUGACAAGCUGGCGAGGAGGAUCUAUAAGGGAGUUCCGCUGCAGCUCAGAGGUCAGGUUUGGUGUUUGCUGCUCGACGUCCCCAAAAUCAAAGAGGAGAAAAAGGACUUCUAUGAGAAACUGAAGAUCAGAGCCAGGGGACUAUCUCCAGAUGUCCGUCAGAUUGAUCUGGAUGUGAAUCGUACAUACAGAGAUCACAUCAUGUUCAUGCACCGCUAUGAUGUCAAACAGCAGGAUCUGUUUCAUGUACUCACAGCAUAUUCUGUAUAUAACACGGAGGUGGGCUAUUGUCAGGGCAUGAGUCAGAUCACUGCUCUGUUACUCAUCUAUAUGAAUGAGGAAGAUGCUUUCUGGGCACUGGUCAAACUGCUGUCUGGACAGAAACAUGCCAUGCAUGGUUUCUUUGUACCAGGGUUCCCUAAACUCAUGCGCUUCCAGGAGCAUCAUGACCGGAUCCUGCAGAAGAUGAUGCCUAAGCUCAAACAACAUCUAGAUAAUCAAGAAGUGUACACCAGCCUGUACACUAUGAAAUGGUUUUUUCAGUGUUUCUUGGAUCGGACUCCAUUCACACUUACAUUGAGAAUAUGGGACAUCUAUAUUCUGGAAGGAGAGCGAGUUCUAACUGCAAUGUCCUAUACCAUCCUCAAACUCCACAAAAAAACCCUCUUGAAAUUGUCCAUGGAGGAGCUGGUGAAGUUUCUGCAGGUGACUCUGUCAAAGGAUUUCUUUUUUGAGGAUGAUUUUGUGAUAGAGCAGCUUCAACACUCCAUGUCUGAACUCAGACGAUCUAAACUGGAGCUGCCACUUCCAGGUAAGGAGGAUGAGUUCCCUAAGAAACCAUUAGGUCAACUUCCUCCUGAGCCUCCAGGAUUUGCGAAUCAUGUGGCUAACGGGCAGUCAGUCAGGAAGACAGUUGAGGGACUUCCCCGUCGUGGUUCGAGCCCUGCCACAAGUGUCAGUAAACAAGCAGAGUCUGGUCCGGACACUGAUGGAACACCAGAGAGGGACCAAGAAAGUCGGCCACCCAGCUCCCUGGACAAGGUACCUCAUCCAGACAAGAGAGAGAGGAAUGGACGUGGUGUGGACACUCAAAAGGAACGGGUCCCAACCCAUAGCAGCGCAACAGCUGGUGGGAAGGCACUGUCCAAGAACCAGGCAAAUCACAACUCCAAUGCUAGAUCCAGUAUGCGCAGGGACAUUGGACCUCGUUGGGUCAAGCCUUCAGAGGACAAACUUGAAGCAGUCAAGAAUGCAGCACUUCGGGAAAGCCAGUCGAGUCUAACUAUGGGUGUUCCACCCUCGCCCAGCUCCCUAACUCCAAAGGAGGCCACCGCAUUUGUUCCAGCAUUUGUUCCAGGCUCAAACCGUGCCUCCAACGCCUCGCAAUACGACAAUGUCCCAGGACCAGACGGAGGGGUUAUGGCGAUUAUAGAGCUUGAGAAACCACCCUCUCGCCCCCCCUCCCGACCAUACGCCGGACCUUCUUUGAGACAGGGAAGUCCCACCCGCCCCCCUAGUGAUGGAACUGGCGUCUCUCCCUUUAGAAUGCCCAAACAGAGCAAACCAGAACCCCGUGCACCUUUGCACUACCCACCCGGCAUGAUUCCUGUAUACACUCCCUACAUUUUAGAUUCCCAGUCGGAGGAUAGACUAUAUGGCCAGCCAUACACUGAGCAACUUGAUGCAACUACGGGACGUGGCUCGUCUAACCCUUCACCAGAGAAAAUGCUGGUGAACAACAGCUACUUAACCUACCGACGGCCACCCCCAAACAUGCCCCCUCUCAGGAUUGCUCCUGUCGAGCUUUCGUCCCAGAAAGACAGUGUUGAAGAGGGUGGGUAUUACCUGCGACAACCCACCCGACUGAUGGGCUCUCCAGCUUACCCGCCCACAGAACUGCGUUAUGAGCCACACAGACGGAGAGAGGGCUGGUAUGGGGGCAUGGAGGCAGGGCCUCCACGGUCUCCUGUGGGACUACCUCGAUCUCCCAGCUUCCAGAAAGCUCAGCUCUCUCCCAUUCACCCCGUUCAGGAGUUUAACUUCGCCCCUGCAAAUAUCUCAGAUGCUGUGCUCCAUUUCAGAGGACCCUACCAAGAGCACUCUGGAAGACAACAGCUCCCCCCGCUGUUCGGAGGAACACACUACAGGCAGGCGCAGGAGGCCUUUGCAAUGCAGGAGUCCAUGCUGCUCUAAGAGGGAUACACUGUAUGAGUGAUGGCUAGCAAGCAGUUUUGUGUUGGUUUAAUGUUUUUUGCGUUCGUUUUUGUUUGUUCGUUUGUUUGUUCAUUUGUCUGGCAAGUCUUACCACACAAGAGUUGCCAUUUUCAGGCAUUUGUACUGAUGAAAGGCUGACUGAAGAAUUUACUGUUGCUUUUGUUUGUACAUUUCUGUCCAUAAUAUAACCAUUAACUGGCGAUGUGAGCAAUAUAACAAAGCUUAAUGUGCAAAGAGAGAUUUUUUUUUUUCCUUUGGUUAGCACACUGAGAUAUUUAAAUAGAGGGUUAAUGAUCAAUCAUCAUCUAUUUUUUUAAUGCAUUUCAGACAUUAGCAUGUUUUAGAGGACACUUUAGUCCUUGAUUAUGAAUAUAUUUUAUAAGAACAAAGAUUUGUCUAGGUUAGAUAUGUAAAUUACGAACAACUAACAGUGAAUGUAAACACUGUUGGACAGAGCAUUUCAAUGCAUCACUACAGUGUUCAAGUGAAAGUAAAAACCUUGUUUGUAAGGUUUGUUUAUUGAGGUUAUAUAUAAAAUGCAGAUAUUUAAUCUUAAAUUGAAAGGGAAUAUUAAUAGGUAUUUGCGUUCUCAAAAUCUGUUGCAGUUACCAGCAAGUAGAUCUAAUAUUUUCAUUUCACUGGGGUCAUUUUCAUUGACCAACUGAUAACAGAGCUUGAUGAAAAUAUUGAAAGCUUCCUUGGAUGCAGCAAGCAGAAUAUUACAACACUGUUUUACUGUCAUUAAGAGAAGUCUUUAACAAAGGGUGCAUUUAAGUAAACUGGGACCGUUAACGUGGCACAAUUUAUCCAAAUUCAUCUGAAGAAUGUAUGUCUGUGAUGUCUAGUGCAAGUUAUACAAGUAGUUACUGUAUCAAAAAUCUGUCCAAUAUUUCAAUAAUAUGGCUGGUAGUUUGUAGCAUGCAGUUGCUGUGUAAAGUUGGUUCUACCUGUGCUGUUACCCAGUGAUCAAUUUAUUAUCUUUUUUUAUUUUAUUUUAUUUAUUUUUUGUACAACAGAUUAUCAAAUUUAAGUUUUAUCUCACUGAAGAUCUGUUGGUAAAAUCAGUUGGAACCUUUACCAGCAUUGUUUCCUCCAACCACAUGGAUAUUAGGUAGACCUGUGUUUAUCAUUUUAUCAUCUUAAUAUUAUUCACUAAACAUCACUUGCCAUGGCCCUUGUCUUUUUUUUUUUUAUAUGGCCAACAGAACUUGAUUAUAUGGCAUGACAAUACUACCAACUCAUUCAUUCAUUUAUACACACCGAUAUGUUUGCUACUGAACAUGUACAGUAGUAGAUGAAUUAUUUCCUAAUACAACACACACUCCUUAUGUAUCCCUUUGUUAUCCUGUCUGCUAUUCAGAAUCCUAUCAAUUUAUUCCCAUGUCUUAUUCAUGGACAAGCAAGCUAAUUUAUUCACUGCUCUAGCACCGAAUUGUUUUCUUGAACCAGGCUUGUCAUUGCAGUAUAAUAAACUGGUUUAGAACACUUCA